GGGAUAAAUAGUUUGUACAAUUGUAACAUCAGUAGAAGUGACAGUAUAGUUGUAACAUUAAGGAAUCAUUAAAUUACUGCAGUUUACUAACAACACGUUUUCGAAAGAGGAAAAGAGAACCAAGUGCAAAGUGCCAGUCUUACUGAGAUACUUAUAAGUUCUCAAUGCACAGCCUUAAAUUCUCAUAUUCUGGAAGAAAUUGAAAAGUAGAAAAUUGUACGUAACCGCGAUCCAAUUUUUUAAUGGAAUCUCAAAGUAUUUUCUGCUUCGUGGCCUUUAUUUUAUCAGUUUCUUUCAGGACCUCAUAAAUGCUUAAAUUGAGUGUUCAGAUUAUUGUCGUUUGAUGUAGUUUGAAAACAAUUUCAUUUAUAAUAAUGAUUGAAUGGUUUUGUAUAACUUAGUGUAUAAUUAGCGCAAGACGUUUAGAGGGCAAGUUUUUUAAUUUGGUUAGUCCAUAACGGUCUUAACAAGCGAUGGUGUAAUUAAAAGAAUGCUGAAAUGUGGGAAACAUGUUGUGUAUGUGUCAAAACGCAGUUUUAAUUCACCUCAUAUAGUGUCUGAAUAUUGACAUCUUUAUUUUUUUAUUUACAUUUAUAAGACUAUUAAAGACUAUUAGUCUCUUCGUGUACUGUGUGCACAUAUCAUAACUACCGGUUUAAAUGAUGCGCUGCCGCAAAUCAAGGUAGACAUGGGGUGCCCGCACCUCGUCCGAAGAAGUAUGACUUUACGAAGAUUGAGUGUUUUGGUGGCGUAUUUUCAAGCACAACUCCUCCUUAUCUUCAAUACAAAUGGCGGUGGUGAGGCACAAGUAACGAAACCUCCUUGGGUUCCUUGGACUCGAAAUUGGGGUGGUAAAUCGGCUGGAGGGUGGAAAACUUGGACCACAAGACCACCAUGGAAAUCUUACGGUGAUAAGUCGGCCGAUUCGGGUGGCGGAUACAAGUCAUGGCCGACGAAAUCUCCGGGUGGUUGGAAACAAUACGGUGAUAAUCGAGGCGGCGGUCAAAGCGGAGGCUGGAAAUCUUGGGGAACCAAAUCACCUGGUGGAUGGAAACCUUACGGCGAGAAGUCAAAUGACCGCCCGCCAGGUGGAUGGAAACCGUAUGGAGAGAGGUCAGGCAGUGGGUACCAGCCUUACGGUGAUAGAUCAAGCGGUGGUUCGGGUGGCAGCUACCAACCUUACGGAGAUAAAUCGCGGGGUGGCUACCAACCUUACGAAAGAAAAUCUGGUGGCAGCUCGGGUGGUGGUUACCAGCCCCAAGGAGGAAGACCAGGGAGUGGCUCAAGGGGUGGCUACCAACCUUAUGGAGAUAGAUCUGGAGGUAGCUCGGGUGGUGGUUACCAGCCCCAAGGAGGAAGACCAGGGAGUGGCUCAGGUGGUGGCUACCAACCUUAUGGAGAUAGAUCUGGUGGCAGCUCGGGUGGUGGUUACCAGCCCCAAGGAGGAAGACCAGGGAGUGGCUCAGGUGGUGGCUACCAACCUUAUGGAGAUAGAUCUGGUGGUAGCUCGGGUGGUGGUUACCAGCCUUACGGGAAAAGACCAGGUAGUGGCUCUGGAAGUGGCUACCAACCAUACGGAGAUAGAUCUGGUGGAGGCUCAGGAGGUGGCUACAAACCUUAUGGCGACAGAUCUGGUGGUGGUUCGGGAAGCGGCUACCAACCCUAUGGAGACACGUCAGGCAGUGGUUCGGGUACUGGUUGGAAGCAGACUUAUAAUAAGUACGAUUGGACAAUAGCCCCUUGGAUUGUGUAUUCAACCAAGAUAUCAACAACUACUCGACCAACAACAACUGUGGCGAGAGAUCCGGGUGACCCUAAGGUCAAAAGCGCAUUCGAGAAGGCAGGAAUCGUCCCAAAUAUUAUCCCAAAAGCACCGCUACGCGAGCUCAAGGUAAAGUGGGUGGAUACCGUCAUUAGCUUUGGAAAUAAAAUAAAACCUAACAUAACAAGGUUGGCACCAACGUUCGUGAGGUGGCCAAUUGAUGAAGCUAAUCACUUACAUACGCUGAUAAUGAUAGAUCCUGAUGUCCCAUCUAGACAAGAUCCCUGGAAAGGAGAGUGGCAACAUUGGAUUGUGGUGAACAUUCCUUGGGGAAGAAUAUGGGCAGGUGAGGAGCUCACCGAAUACAGAGGAAUCAAAGAAUGUCAUGGCUUAGAUAUCCAUCGGUAUAUAUUUUUGAUGUACCAUCAACCAAACAAUGAGCAUAUUCAUUUCACGGAGCCGAGACUGAAAUUGCCACCUUACGACAUGGAGCGCUCCCACUUCUCCGCGCGGAAAUUUGCCAUGAAAUACAAACUGGGCGAUCCGGUGGCUGGGAACUUUUUCACCGCCAAAUGGGAGCCGUAUGAAGACAUUCUCCACCCUUACUCCCCCUUCCAUAACUUCACGAUCCACGAGAAAGAUGUGAUGAAUGAGUUCGAGCACAGAUUCACGAUGGCCCACGUCGAUUACGCCAAAAAUCACACCGACCAUAUUCUCGAGUUCACCACCGUCGAGCCUGAAGAUUUUGACAUGGCAGAACACAUCAAGAACCUAGGAUAAGCGCCUAUUAAAAUAAUAAAAAUAAUGUGUUUAUUUUUAUUUAUUUAUUUAUUUAUAUAAUUUGUACAAGUGAGCCUCUGGCCGAGGCCAUGGCACACGUCAUUUAUUCGGUACAUGCUUACUGAUAUACAUAUUGAUAAACAUAUGAUACAAGUGUAAAA